AUGGGGCGAUUCAAUUACUCCACAAAUAGCCGAGAGCUCCAUGUUGUGGUUCUCGGAGCUGGCGGCGUUGGAAAGAGCUGCUUGACUGCCCAAUUUGUACAUAAUGAAUGGAUUGAGAGCUACGACCCUACAAUCGAAGAUUCCUACCGCACGCAAAUACAAGUUGACGGCCGUCAAGUCGUCUUGGAAAUACUUGACACUGCCGGAACCGAGCAGUUUGUCGCAAUGCGUGACUUAUAUAUGAAGACGGGUCAAGGGUUCUUGCUGGUCUUUAGCAUCACAUCGCCGUCGUCUUUGAGCGAACUUGCGGGUUUGCGAGAGGAGAUAAUACGCAUCAAGGAUGAUGAGAAUAUUCCCAUGGUAAUUGUUGGUAACAAAGCGGACUUGGAAGACAGCCGUGCUGUUCCGCGCGCCAAGGGAUUCUCGAUAUCACAGCGAUGGGGUGCGCCAUACUACGAAGCAAGCGCCAGAACUCGCACCAAUGUUGAUGAAGUAUUCAUCGAUCUCUCCCGACAAAUGCUGCGGAAGGAUGACGACUAUCUCGGCGCUGGUGAUGCAGACGAUGGUUACAAGUAUGACUCUGCCAAAAGCGGGCACAAACGACGCCGCAGGCUGCGUUUCCGCGAACAUGGUCACCCGCGUGAUGUCGUCUGA